AUACUCGAACAAAACGUACUCUUUUAAAAUUUUUUUUAAGCAGAUCCAAAUCAACUCCCCCCCCCCCACUUUGCCUUGUUUUGUUAAACACUGUAAAGACAAAGAAAUUUAAAAACAACAGUAGAAAGAAAGAGACAGGCAAUGAAAAAUAAUAGGUCACCUCCAAAGAAAAACAAACAAGUUGAGAGUAAAGUUUACUCUCCAAAGGUUGGCUCGCUGCUGAGGUUUUUGCACUGCCACCAAAAGUUGUGGUUCUAAGUUUUUAAGAGAGAGAGAGAGAGAAAAAUUCCAGGUGUAAGCAUCAGCAUGCAGCAGCUCCAAAGCACCUACCUUUGAUGCUUUUGUUCUUCAUUUCAUCUUCUUCUUCUUCAACACAAAGCUUUCUUCUUUGCUCUUUAGCUUUUGUUGUAUCUUUUGAUUCUCUUUCUUUUUUCUUUGAUGGGUUUGAGAGAGGGAGCUUCAACUCAUUACAUUUUUGUUUAUAACCUCAAAAUAAUUAUACUAAAAUAAUAAUAUUACGCCACACCCAUCAUUGUCUUUUGAAGCAAAGUCCACUCUUGCACUCUUUUAUCCUUUUCCCUUCCCUAUAAUAUCUUUCUCUCUCUAUCUCUCUAGUAGUGAAGGUUUGGUUUCUCCAUGGAUUCCUAUGAAGCUACGAGGAUAGUUUUUUCAAGGAUCCAAAACUUGGACCCUGAAAAUGCUUCAAAAAUUAUGGGUUAUCUUCUUAUUCAAGACCAUGGAGAGAAGGAAAUGAUACGUUUAGCCUUUGGACCUGAAGCUCUUAUCCACUCUUUAAUACUGAAAGCCAAAACCCACUUGGGACUCUCCAUCUCAAACCCACCAACACCUUCCACUCCUUCUCCUUCCCCUUUUUCUUCCAGGCCGAGACCUUUAUCCAUCCCUUCUUCUUCUUCUUCUUCUUCAAGGCUUACCAUUGCCAACACCACCUAUGGCUUUGAAAUUACAAACGCUUCUUCUCCAUCAACUAAUGCUUGGCCUCAUCUUAACCAUCGUCCCAUCAGUCCAAGCUCAAAUUCCUCUCUUUCUUAUGCCAGUAUUGUUAAUGGAGCCAGUAAAAUUGCAAAAGGCUCUGGAUCUUUACCCUCAAUAACUUCAUGUGGGAAUACCUGCAAUGACAAUGAAUUAAUUGAUGACUACCAGUGCCAGGACCAUCUUUCGUUUCUCAACGACUCAAAACUUGAAGAUUUGUUUGACCCUCGGCUAGACUUGGCAACGAGUCCAACUGGCUACGCUGAUUCUCCUUUACAUAGGAAGAGUUUUUCAGUUCAUGGUCUGUGUUUUGGGGCUGAAGAUGUAAGUUCUGGGGUCGGAUGGAAGCCUUGUUUGUACUUCGCAAGAGGGUUUUGUAAGAAUGGUACUAGUUGUAGGUUUCUUCAUGGUGAUUGUGCCGAUGCUGCUGCUCUUGUUGGUUCUCCAAGCAAGCUUAAUGAGUUGGAACAGUACCAAGAGCUGCUUAGAUCAAAAGCUCUUCAACAACAGCAACAACAGCUGCAGCAACAACAACAACAAAAGCUAGCUGCAGCAUCUCAGUUCAUGGCUGGAGCUUCUUUUCCAUAUGGCAAUUGUGUUAAUUUGCUUCUUCAUCAACAAAAUGACACUCAUAGAUCAGCAGCGGCGGCAUUAAUGAUGGGAGAUGAUCUUCUUAAGUUUGGGCGGUGUCGUCCUGAACAAAAUGAUUUUUCAGCAAUGGGAUUAGGAGCAGUUAAUCCAGGCUCUAGACAGAUUUAUUUGACAUUUCCAGCUGACAGUACUUUUAAGGAAGAAGAUGUUUCAAAUUAUUUCAGCAUCUAUGGACCUGUGCAAGAUGUGAGGAUACCUUACCAGCAAAAGAGGAUGUUUGGGUUUGUUACAUUUGUGUAUCCUGAGACAGUGAAGCUCAUUUUAGCCAAAGGGAACCCUCAUUUUGUUUGCGAAUCUCGUGUGCUUGUUAAACCUUACAAGGAGAAGGGGAAAGUCCAAGAGAAGAAGCAGCAACAUCACCAACAACAGUUGGAGAGAGGAGAGUACUCUGCGUGCUCAAGUCCGUCUGCCCUUGACGCCAGGGAGCCAUUUGAUCUCCAUCUCGGAGCAAGAAUGUUUUAUAAUACACAAGAGAUGCUGUUGAGAAGGAAAUUGGAGGAGCAGGCUGAUAUGCAGCAAGCCAUGGAGCUUCAAGGAAGAAGGCUAAUGAAUUUGCAGCUGCUGGACUUCAAGAACCAUCACCAUUCUCAGUUAAAUCAUGGUUUGUCCAGUGGGUCUACCACUCCUUCACCAACUGUAUCCCAUACUCCGAACUAUCAAGCACCCAUUUUUCCAGCUGAUGGCAUUGAUCAAGAGGUCCUAGAAGAGAAUGGUGGUAGCCUGGUCACAGCUGUUUCCAAAUUGACCGAUGCUGAUAAGCAACUGGAGGAAGUUAAUCUAGUUUGUAAUCAUAAAAAUGACAAUGGUAAUAGUAAUACUACGGAGAAGGCCAACAAUGAAGAAAGUGAUCUCCCUGAAAGCUUGGAGCACAUUCUCCCUGAUAACCUGUUUGCUUCUCCUAAGCAAUCAGCUGGUGAUCACCUCACUGUCUUCUCUACCUCUUCCGUAGAGGCUGACGUUAAAACCGCAAGUCCAACUACAUCUUCUUCUAACAUUAACCCUUCGUUGGCCAACACCUCCAGCCUCAAUAUGGCUUCUCUUAAAUCAUGUUUUCUACAAAUGCCCAGGUUCUCUUCUGGGCAAGGAACCAAUUGCAUGUAGUUGGCAGAAGUGAGCAUGGGCAGCAAAGGGGAAUUUGACUUUUUCUGGAAACUUUGGGAAGCAUAUACAAGGAAGAUUAAA